AUGGUACGGAAAUUUUGGGAGCAAGAGGAGACGGUGCACUCCCCUCUGCUUCUCACCGACGAAGAACAGGCGUGUGAGGACCACUACGUCCGCACGCACUCACGUCUGCCCGACGGGCGCUACAUGGUGCGCCUCCCGUUCAAGAACGCACCGCCAAACCUGUCAGGGACACGACGCAUUGCUAUGCGCAUGCUGCAAAGCAUGGAGCGCAAGACGGACAACGAUCCGGACUUGCAUAAGCUAUACUCUGAAUUCAUGCAAGAGUACGAAGACCUUGGACAUAUGGCUCGGGUGCUGCCUGCUGCCGACGAGCUCGACGAGACGCAGCGAUGCUACCUGCCACACCACGGGGUACUCAAGAAGACGAACGACACCGUCAAGAUACGUGUUGUGUUCAACGGAUCGGCACGACUAGGCUCCGGUGACUCACUCAACUCGCACCUUCUCACCGGGCCAAAUCUAUUGCCGACACUAACUGACGUGCUGCUGAGAUGGAGACGACAUCGCUACGUAAUAAUAGCUGAUAUCCAAAAGAUGUAUCGCCAGAUCUCACUGCAUCCUAGCGACCGAACAUAUCAACGGAUACUCUGGCGACUGAAAAACUCACCCGAGCUGCUAGAGAUGCUACUUACGACAGUCACAUACGGACUAGCGAGCUCGCCAUUUCAAGCAAUCCGAACGAUGCGACAACUCGCCAAGGACGAGCGACAUGCCUACCCUCGGGCAGCCUCCAUUCUGGAGGAGGAGACAUACGUCGACGACGUACUCUCCGGAGCGGACACCGAAGACGACGCAAGGGAACUCGUCCACGAACUAACCUCACUGUGCAUGGCGGGCGGCUUUCCGCUACGAAAGUGGGCGGCGAACAAAGCCGUGAUACUCAAGGACGUGCCAACAGAGCACAGGCAAGUGAAGGACUUUGACCUCUGGGAUCAGAACGUCAGUCACGCCACGCUAGGCGUGCAAUGGCACCCACAGGAUGACACCUUCGGCUUCAAGGUCCGGCCGGUGGAAACCACAAGCAUCACGAAGCGAACAGCCCUCUCACACACAGCUCGACUGUUCGAUCCACUCGGCUGGUUGGCCCCAGCAAUCAUCCUAGCUAAAAUGCUGAUCCAGACUGCCUGGCUGCAACAUCUCGAUUGGGACGAGCCUCUCCCCCCUCGAGAUCAACAGGAUUGGCAACAACUUCUACGCGAACUGCCGAUGGUCGAAGCAAAGCGGAUCCCGAGAUGGCUGCACACGGGCAGCUCCAGCUCUCGUCUGGAAAUCCAUGGCUUUGCAGACGCAUCAGAGAGAGCGUAUGCAGCGGUCAUAUACCUGAAGGCGAGCACUGACGGCGGGCGGAGCGUGGUCACUCUCCUCACCGCCAAGAGCAAGGUCGCGCCCGUCAAACGGGUCACCUUGCAACGCCUCGAGCUCAGCGCUGCAGCCAUGCUGACUGGGCUAGCGGCGAGAGCGCAGGAAACACUAAAGCUCGUGGUGUCGCAAAUCCAUUUAUACUCGGACUCCGAAGUGACGCUGGCGUGGAUUCGGGGGCACCCCUCUCGCUGGACAACAUACGUCGCCAACCGGGUGGCGGAGAUACAGCAGCUGCUACCGGAGGCAAUAUGGCAUCACGUGCCAAGCCGGGACAACCCCGCGGACUGCGCCUCACGUGGAAUGCAGCCCAGUGAGCUGGUGGAGUUCGGACUGUAG